GGCUCUAAUUGCGCAUGCGUUAACAAUUGACCAGAAUGCCGCCUAAAAAGGCUACGAAGGGCAAGAAAGAUAUUUUGUUGGGCAAUAAAGCAACUCUUCAUUUCUACGGCACGUUGAUUGCAACAGCCAAUAUUAUCUACUUGCUGUUAAGAAUGGUAUGGAUGUAUGACUCUUUUGCAUUCUGGCAUUGGAUUGGUGUAGGUAUACUGCAGGCUAGCUAUGGCUUCAGUUUCUAUCUCAUGUCGACUUCAGCUAAGGCUACCUACACUGAAUCUGGCGUGCUGCUUGAUGUGGGAAUCGAUUUAAACUUGGAAGGUGGCAUGCCAGAGCAUUUCAAGGAUUUGAUAAUAUUGACAGCGGCAGUUCAAGUCACAACUAUAGUCUCAGACUAUUGCUGGCUGCUGUUGCUGGCUGCACCCGGAUAUGCAGUGUAUUUAUUAUGGGGUAGUCUUAUUCAGCCAUGGUUGACUGCCGGUUCAGAAUCAGCGGAACCUGAUGACAAAACGAAAAAGAAGAUGGCAAAGAAGGAACGCAAGAUGCAACGAGUUGUGUACAAAUAGUUAACUCUGCCUGUUCCAAAGUCAUUUUAUACCAGAGGAAGAAUAUAAUGAACAGUCAGCUGUUGCUGCUUGGUCCUCUACGGUUCGCUGUCUGUAAACGAUCUCACUUGCACUCAUUCGAAAGCACAAGUGUGCAUGCUGCAUAUAUGGAAUGAGUGGGGGACCAAAGAAAAGUUAAGGCCAUGGAGGCAAACUUGAUUCACAGUUUAUUGUCACCACUCACAUCGUAUUAUGGUAAAACAAAAUAAGUUUCAUUAUUCGUUAUUACACUGUCUAUGGAUCAGAUGGACCUAUCUGUACUCACAGUGGGAGCUCAACUGAACUGACACUGCCCAAGAGAUAUGAAACAUUUUAUCCUCAUUAUAGAAUUAACAAGCACCUGUUGAAACAUUAAACAAUAUAAUAAAACUGGUUUUAUCAAUACUAAUACUAGUGUACGUGCAAACCUUGCUAGGGAACCAUUCAGAGCUCUAGUGCCAGUCCAUGGUAAUAUGUUUAGAUAGUUUACUCAAAGUUACUGUAACUGCCAACAUAUUAAUGACCGACUGCCUGCAUGCCCUCAUGAAAAAGGCUGGAGGAUAACUAAACUGUGAAUCAAGUUUUGUCAGGCAU